AAAAAGCUUUCCUUUGCUGCAUUACGAAAUUAAAACACUCAGAAGAAGCUCUGACAACCGUGCUGGGUCACCUAUAAGUUUGGGCAGCAAUAAACUAAAUUAACUUAAUAUUUAAAGCAACAACGUGAGGAUUACAGCUAACAAGAAAUCAAAAUAGAAUACCCUAAGCCUUUUUGUGGUUACUGAGAGGAUUGCAACACAAGGACUCCAACAUGGAGAUGCUGGAGAAAAUUCAUCCAAACAGGCAAGUGAUGUUCUUUAUGUUGAUGGUGUUCUCUCAGGUUUGUCCUGAGCCUGUUCAUUAUUCUGUGCUGGAAGAAUCAGAGAGCGGCUCCUUUGUAGCCCAUCUGACUAAGGACCUGGGCCUGACAAUUGGGGAGCUGGACAGCCGAUCUGCUCGGGUGGUGUCUGAUGACGACAAGCUGCGUCUGCAGCUGGAUCACCAGACUGGAGAUUUGCUUUUGAUGGAGAAAUUGGACCGGGAAGAGAUAUGUGGUUCCACUGAACCAUGUGUACUACAUUUCCAAGUGGUCCUGGAAAUUCCAGUGCAGUUUUUUGAAGGCAAAUUAUCAAUCCAGGACAUAAAUGAUCAUUCCCCAGUUUUCCCAGCUAGGGAAAUGAUCUUGAAAAUACCAGAAAACAGUCGGCCAGGGACUCUGUUCCCACUGAAAUUGGCUCAGGAUUUGGAUGUGGGCAGCAAUAGUCUUCAAAAAUAUACUAUCAGCCCUACUUCUCAUUUUCACAUAGUCACUAGAAAUAAUAGCGAGGGCAAGAAGUACCCAGAUUUGGUGCAGGAUAAAUCACUGGAUCGAGAAGAGCAGGCUGAGUUCAGUUUAACUUUGACCGCGGUAGAUGGUGGGUCUCCACCCAGGUCUGGCACCCUCACUAUACAAAUCGUGAUCAUGGAUGUUAAUGAUAAUGCUCCUGAGUUUGUGCACAGUCCAUAUAAGAUUCAGGUCCUGGAAAACAGUCCUGUAGAUUCCCCAAUACUUACUGUCUUAGCUAGGGAUAUAGAUGAUGGAAACUUUGGGAGUAUUUCGUACAGUUUGUUCCAACCAUCAGAUGACAUUAAAUUGAUUUUCUCAGUAAGUGCACUCACAGGAGAAAUCCGACUGACAAAGCAAUUGGAUUUUGAACAAGUUAAAUCUUAUCACUUGGAAAUUGAAGCUACAGAUGGAGGCGGCCUUUCUGGAAAAGGCAUUGUAGUCAUAGAGGUUGUGGAUGUGAACGACAAUAUUCCUGAACUGAUCAUAUCUUCACUUGUCAGCUCCAUCCCAGAAAAUGCCCCUGAAACUGUAGUUUCUAUCUUCCGAAUACGAGAUAGAGACUCCGGAGAUAAUGGGAAAAUGAUAUGUUCGAUACCAGAUAAUGUACCAUUUAUAUUAAAACCAACUUUCAAGAAUUUCUACACCCUGGAAACAGAGAGGCCGCUAGACCGAGAAGAGAGAGCCGAGUACACCAUCGUGAUCACGGUGAGCGACCUGGGCAGCCCGCAGCUGCAGAGCCAGCACCAGGUGACUGUGCGCGUGUCCGACGUGAACGACAACGCCCCCGCCUUCAGCCAGCGCGCCUACACCCUGCGCGUGCGCGAGAACAACAGCCCCGGGCUGGCGCUGGGCAGCGUGCGCGCCUGGGACGCGGACGAGGGCGCCAACGCGCAGCUCAGCUACUCGCUGCUGCCAUCGCCCUCGGCCCCGGCCUCGCCCUCGGCCUCGGCCUCGACCGGCCGCCCGCAGCAGCCGGCCCCGGGCGCGCUGGUGUCCAUCGACACCGACAGCGGGCAGCUGUUCGCGCUGCGCGCCCUGGACUUCGAGGCGCUGCAGGCCUUCGAGUUCCUGGUGGGCGCCACGGACCGCGGGUCGCCGGCGCUGAGCAGCCAGGCGCGGGUGCGCGUGCUGGUGCUGGACGCCAACGACAACGCGCCCUUCGUGCUGCACCCGCUGCAGAACGGCUCCGCGCCCUGCACCGAGCUGCUGCCGCGCGCGGCCGGCGCGGGCUACCUGGUGAGCAAGGUGGUGGCGGUGGAUGGCGACGCGGGCCAGAACGCCUGGCUGUCGUUCCAGCUGCUCAAGGCCACGGAGCCCGGGCUGUUCGGCGUGUGGGCGCACAGCGGCGAGGUGCGCACGGCGCGGGCGCUGAGCGAGCGCGACGCGCCGCGACACCGGCUGGUGGUGCUGGUGCGGGACAAUGGCGACCCGCCGCUGUCGGCCAGCGUCACGCUGCACGUGCUGCUGGUCGAUGGCUUCUCGCAGCCCUACCUGCCGCUGCCCGCCGCGCCCGACGCCGCCGCCGCCGCCGCGGGUGCCGCCGCCGCCGGAGCGCGGCCCGAGCGCCUGACGGUCUACCUGGUGGUGGCCUUGGCCGCCGUGUCGUCGCUCUUCCUGUGCUCGCUGCUGGCCUUCGUGGCCGCGCGCCUGUGCCGGCGGGCCGGGCGGGCUGAGGCGGCGGCGGGGGCUCUGGCGGGGCCCGAGGGACACUUUCCGGGACACCUGCUGGACGCGGGCGGCGCGGGGACCCUGUCGCACAGCUACCAGUAUGAGGUGUGUCUCGCGGGGGACAAUAGGAAUGGUGAGUUUAAUUUCCAGAAGCCAGUAUUCCCCAAACUCUUUGUUCAGGACACUGAGAGAGACAUUAAAGAAAACCCUGAUAGCAGGAAUAGCUUUAUAUUUACGUAAGUACUGUAGUUGGCCAGUUUUGGCAGUCUUAACUACCUUUGCCUUUCCAAUCUUUUAAAUACUGUAUUGUCUAAAUGUGUAUACCAAGUCCAAAUAUGCAUGUAACCGAUUAUACUAAAUUUCCUCUGUAAUAAUACUGCGCUUUACAUUUUAGUUGUACUGGCUCAAAUAUAUAUAUAUAUAUAUAUAUAUAUAUAUACAUAUAUAUAUAUAUAUUCGAUUUUUCCCCAUGUCAUUCUUUCUAUAAAUUAGUCAACUAGGCUUUGAAGUCAUUUUACUUAAACCAACUUCUUAGUUAAUACCAGCUUAUGAAACGUCUUAAAGCUAACUUAUAACCUGGCAAUUUUAAAUAUAGUGGUACUUUCCUUUUCUUUAAAGUUUUAUCUUUGCAAAUUGAGAUUGUUUGAAAGUCUUUGUAACAACCUUUUUUCUUGUGGAUUUUCUUGCUAUGUCUCCUAAUAGCUGAGACCAUAUACAUACACAUACUUAUUUUUCCCAACUUGCAUUGAGCAUGUAUUUCAUUAAAGUAUUACUACACAA